AUGGAAUCUCGUCCUGCACAAUCUGUUCUUACCCCGAAUGCCCCCAGCGUGGAACGCGCCUAUAAGAUCAAAUGCGUCGAGCUCACAAGGCGUCUCCAUGAGGUGCAGGAGCAAAACAUCAUCAUGCGCCGACGUAAUGAGAACUCAAAAAGAAGUGUUGAGAAGGCCCGCUACUUAGCAUCCAUCCUUCUCCAUCGUCUUGGCCAUGUCACUGCCAUGCUUGAGGAAGCCGAGUCCAGCGCCGGAGACCCAGAAUCACAAGCCCGUGUAGCCGCAUUGCUAUCCAAUCCUACUUCAUUGGGUGGCAUUCCAGGAGCACCACAAACAGCAAAUGGUGGAUACAUUGAGGAUGAAACUGAGGGUAGCUCUGAUGAGCAGCCACCAACUCCCGAGGAACGUCCUCUCCGAGUUAAGCGCUCCCGCAAAUCCAACUUGCCCACUGGCACUGAUGGCGCCGAUGACGAAAAAGCUCAGGAUGAAGCCGGUGAGGCGGCGGACGAAGGUAGCGGUGCCCUGCCCCGUCUGGCUCCUGCCCCGAGCCAGCAAGAUUUGACCUCUUCUUUCCGUGUCCAGGCCGGUAGUAAUGGUUCCGCUCACGAGGGCGAACAAACGCCACACAGCCACGAUCACCGUGAAGGACAUUCCGAUGCUCACGGUGCCCAGGAUUCGGGGACUACGCCCAUGGAUAUGGAUCCGGUCGAACCUAAGACUGAGGAAUAA